CCCAAGUAAGAUAGCACAGUGCAAAAUAUUAUGGGCUGUAUGUCACACACAUGUGAAGGUACACCCUAUCGUGACUCAAAAUCAUGCAUGUAAGCAUUUAUUUCUCGGUCAUCCAAUUCCCGCCUCUCUGGCAAAGCUCUUGAUCAUCAGUGCUACCUUGGACCUAGUUGAGGUGGUUACUCUCCCUCUCGUGCUGAAUUUUGCCUUUCGACUAGGAUCUACGGGAACGAUGAAUUAAAAACAUUGCAACCCCAUAAGCGAGAAUGGAGGCAAGCUCUUCCCAUAAACAGUAGUGCCUCAGACUGUCAACGCCAUCCCGAAGCCUCGCUGGUGACUGAUCAAUACAGCCCUCCUCCCGCCCCAUUCUCUCUCUUUGAGAGAGAGAGAGAGAGAGAGAUUCAAUGUAGCACGGAGUGAUGAAUGGAGAGUAGAAAAACAGCCACCGUGCAAAUGGGCAACUGGCGACGACGCUCCGGCAGAUCUACACAGAAAUGCUUGAUUGCCGUACUGGUGGUGGUGAUGACGGCAGCUGUGCUGGUAAUACUGAUGGGGGCGGUGGAACAAGCAGCUUCGCCUGGCAUCGCUGGAGUACAGGCAGAGCUGAACUGGCACCGGCACUCCUCCAUGACAGAUGACCACCAGAAGGUGCCAGGGACAGUGGUAUUUAAAGUUAGCAAAAGAGAAAGCUUGCUGGAGAGAUUACUGAACGGAGCAGGUGGUUCAAAUAUCAUUACCUUGGAUAUGAAUCAACCUGCAUCGAGCGAUGUAACCUGUUUCCAAACCAAGACUAAGCCAGACUACGCGGUCUGUCCUCAUCCUUCCAUGCAAGAUCGCCACAUUUCGAACCAGCUGAGGACGGAGGGCGUGUGGCAGUCUCGUACUCUUGCUUUACUCGCCACCGCCUUACAACACUACCCAUCUAGUACUUUGGUGGAUGUCGGGGCUCACAUCGGAGUGUUCAGCCUUUAUGGGGCGCGCCUCGGAGCGACUGUUGUAGCAGUGGAACCUGUUUGGUCGUCAGCUGUGCGUCUUCAUGCGGGUGCGGCAGCAGGCGGUGUGUCAGGACGUAUCAAAAUACUCUUCCACGCUAUGACCAGGGAGGCAACUCAAGUCAGGCUAAAGUAUAAAGAUGGUAAUCUUGGAGGCACAUCUGUGGUGGAAGUUACUCCAGAGGAUGCAGAUUCCACUCGCUCCUUGGGACGCCACGAAUUAAUAACCUCUAUAACACUCGAUUCCUUGGCGCCUUUCAUCAAUACCUCAAUCAUUAUUCUCAAGAUUGACACCGAGGGAAGGGAAUGUGAUACCAUAUCAGGUGGGCGGGAAUUGCUCACCUCUCACUUCACGCCUUACAUCUUCAUGGAAUGGGCGGUGAUGGCCAACAACCGACACAAGUACCACGCUCCCUGCAGUCCUCAUCACCUUCAGGAAAUGGUUGAAUGGCUGACAUCCCGAGGCUACCACGCCCACAUCUCAAAGUCCGGGGCCGCUCUUAUUCCUGCUAAAGUGGAUUCAUGGAGGGCAGGGGACAUCUAUUGGAAGCAUUCAACGGCUCCUCCCCUUCACCCUUUAGCUCACUAACGGCUUAUAAUGUACUGUACUUACGUACAGUCGGCUUCCUCUUUAACGAAGCAGUUUUUUUUCCUAUAAUUGUAACAAAAGUGGCAUGUCAUAUUUUUUCAUGGUAGCUGUCUUUGGCUAAACCUAAGCUGCCUCUGAUGUGUAUCAUAGGCCUGCCUUCUCAUCUACAUCCCUUCCCUGUUUCUCCUCGAUCAUCUCCCCCAUGCUUCUCGUAUCUUCACACACACACACACACACACACACACACACACACACACACACACACAUUAGGUGACAGUUACGAGUUGAGCACCACAGCUACAUAUAGCUUUGUGACCAGUCACCAAACACUGUCACAUACCACAGCACCACGUACAGUACCACGCCACCACCAUCACCACUACACAUCAUACCAUACCACACAACACCACAGUACACCACACCAAGGCAUCCUUUGCACCCCCCACCUUUCCAAUCUCACUGAGUACCCACAAAGCCAUCCAUACCCACCCACCACCCCGCCGCAGUCAAGGUAGCGCUUUACUCUCCUAUAUAGGACAAAUUUGAGUGUUUUGCAAGGGUUUCCGGGUGAUUGAAAAGUUCGUUGUGUACGAGUAAGUGAAUGAGGUGGAGGUGGAGGGAAGAGGAGGAAUGUGAGUGGGAAAGGAGAGAAUAUGGAUGGACCCGUUGAGAAAAGGUGCUAAUUAAGAAACUUCUGCUUUAUGGCAUGAUGUUUUUAUUAGAGAAAUUUGCAUUGUUUUGGCAUCUAAUUUACUGAUAGAAAUGCAAAAUUAAAUUACAAUCCGUUAUAAGAUAGUCUAGAUUUUUUUUUUUUAUCUAUUUCUCGUUGAAAUAACACUUAUGCCUUUCUAUUAUUUUGAAGGUUUUGAUUAAUAUGCCCAAGAUUGUUUUGAUGUUUGAUAUAAAACUUGAAAAGUAUGAGAAACAUGACCUAAGUACUAAUAUUCAAUAACAUCUAGUCUAAAUAUUCGCAUUUUCAUUUUUUUUUUUUUAUAAUACUGUUACCUUCUCACCCGUGGUUGUCCGAUUUCACUGGCUGCGUCAGCUUCGUUGUCAGGGUCCAGAGCACACAGGAGCACAUCAGCACGAGGCUCACAAUGGGCGGGCACCGCCGGACAGAGAAACACCAGCUUACUCACGUCCUUUACUGAGUCCUCAGUUCACAGUACAUCACAGGGCAGCCUCCACACACACACACACACACACACACACACACACAAGGUAUGGGAAAGGCAGAAGUGCUAAAGAUCAGAGCA